GGCCAGCUGUGGGGACCCGGCCUGGGGCCUGGACUCCCGGCCGGGGGGCGGGCGUCGGCUUCCUGCCGAGAGAGGGCGGGCGGGAUCCAGGUUAACGCAGAAAUCGGCCUCUGGGGCCAUGCCGGUUCUAAGGCCUGUUUCUUCUCCUGAGUCCCAGCAGAAGACAGAUGGCCUAGUCCUCACAGUGGAUGACUUCCAUUCCCUGAGGAAGAGAUGGGAUAGUACCUGGGAUCCACCCAUCACCAGACUCUGGGCUUAACAAGCCAGCUGAAUGAAGGGAUGUAACAGACCCCUGGGAGGGACACUGAAGCCUGCAGUGGGGGGGGAGGGGCCUGGACAUACCCCUUCCCCCCCAGACUCCUCCCCCUCAGAGUCCACGCAACCAUGGACUUUGGACCUGGAUAAGAGGAGAGAAGCUGCACUUUGGUGUCUCUAUUUUGGGAUUCUCAGUUUUGGAAAUGGAGUGCUGGAUGGGUGUUUGAUGAUCUCCAAGGGAGAAGCUGGGAGAAGAGAAGAAAGGUGCAUGACGGCUCUCUGAUCCCAGAGCCCAGAGGACACAUCCCUAGAACUGUGGGGAGUGAGCCUGGGAAGCCAGGGCAGCUUGGGGCCCCCUCGUGCCUCCCCCGCGGGGGCCAGGAUGCUGAAGAAGCAGUCCGCAGGGCUUGUGCUGUGGGGCGCCAUCCUUUUCGUGGCCUGGAACGUCCUGCUGCUCCUCUUCUUCUGGUCGCGCUCGGGGCCCGGCCGGCUGCCUUCAGACAGCGCCCUGGAUGACGACCCUGCAGGGCUUACCCGCGAGGUGAUGCGCCUGGCCCAGGACGCCGAGGUGGAGCUGGAGCGGCAGCGCAGGCUUUUGGAGCAAAUCAAGAAGCACCGUGUGAGGUGGGGCCGAGGGCGGAGGGUGCCCACUGCGGUCCCGCCCGUGCCUCCACGUGGGCCAGCGACUUCGCCGCCAGCCGUGAUCCCCAUCCUGGUCAUCGCCUGCGACCGCAGCACUGUCCGGCGCUGCCUGGACAAGCUGCUGCACUAUCGGCCAUCGGCUGACCGCUUCCCCAUCAUCGUCAGCCAGGACUGCGGGCACGAAGAGACGGCUCAGGUCAUCGCCUCCUACGGCCCCGCAGUCACGCACAUCCGCCAGCCGGACCUGAGCGCCAUUGCCGUGCCGCCGGACCACCGCAAGUUCCAGGGCUACUACCGCAUCGCGCGCCACUACCGCUGGGCGCUGGGCCAGGUCUUCCACAGGUUCAAAUUCCCCGCCGCCGUGGUGGUGGAGGACGACCUGGAGGUGGCCCCAGACUUCUUCGAGUAUUUCCAGGCCACGUACCCGCUGCUGAGGGCGGACCCCUCCCUCUGGUGUGUGUCAGCCUGGAAUGACAACGGCAAGGAGCAGAUGGUGGACUCGAGCAGGCCCGAGCUGCUCUACCGCACCGACUUCUUCCCUGGCCUGGGCUGGCUGCUGUUGGCCGAGCUGUGGGCCGAGCUGGAGCCCAAGUGGCCCAAGGCCUUCUGGGACGACUGGAUGCGGCGGCCCGAGCAGCGGCAGGGCCGGGCCUGCCUACGGCCCGAGAUCUCCAGAACGAUGACCUUCGGCCGCAAGGGCGUGAGCCACGGGCAGUUCUUUGACCAGCACCUCAAGUUCAUCAAGCUGAACCAGCACUUCGUGCCCUUCACCCAGCUGGACCUGUCCUACCUGCAGCGGGAGGCCUACGACCGGGACUUCCUUGCACGUGUCUACGGUGCGCCCCUGCUGCAGGUGGAGAAAGUGAGGACCAGUGAGCGGAAUGACCUGGGGGAGGUGCGGGUGCAGUACACGGGCAGGGACAGCUUCAAAGCCUUUGCCAAGGCCCUGGGAGUCAUGGACGACCUCAAGUCGGGAGUCCCCAGGGCCGGCUACAGGGGCAUCGUCAGCUUUCUGUUUCGCGGCCGCCGCGUCCACCUGGCGCCCCCGCAGACUUGGGACGGCUAUGAUCCUAGCUGGAAUUAGCUGCGCCUGCCUGCCCCUCCUGGGUCCCCUCCUUGCCGUGUCAUGGGCUGAGAGGACUGCGGGUCUUGGGCUGCAUUGUCCUCUGUUUUCCUUUGGGGUCCAUUUAUCUUUUUUCUUUUUCUUUAAUUUUUUCUUUUUUUUUUUUCUGAGUGGCAUUCGAGUGCACAGAAGAUAAGAUGAUUAUUCUCCCAUUCUCAAGGGAGUCGAAUCAGGGGAACCUUUCUGGGGUAUGUUGGGGUGUUAAGCAGAAAACCACUGUGUGGUAGGGAGAAACUUGGGCUUGUUGGAGCCACAAACAUCCACGCGCCAGGUUUUCUCCUGGGGCAUCCUAGGAGAGGUGGGCAGCUUUAGCUCUUCCCUAGGCCUCGCUUCCCUGUCCUGGCUCUUCCAGCUGGGGUGCAAGCCCUCCUCCUGCAUUUGUCCUCCUUCCCCACUUUCCCCAUUUGGAGGGGAAGCUGGGUUAUGUGAGAAGGGAACGUAUUUGUGGCCAAAAUGAGACUAACCAAAGGGGUUUUAUCGUCAGGGUCUGGGUGGAGCUGUUAUGUUGUCAGGGUUAGGCCCCCUGCCUUGUUUCUCCCACUUCUCAUCCCUGACUUCCUUAUAGCUCUCCUUUCCCUGUAACCUAGCAAAUCAUGACUCUAAGGUGAAAGUAGAAGGGGAAAAGCAAGACUUCUCCUCAGCUCAUCCCUGGCAAUGGGGUGAAAGGGAGGGGGUCUUGGUGUGCUGGGGCACCCCUCCCUCAUUCCUUCCUCAAAGAAACAGAUUCCGACCCUGAUCUCGUCCUAUCUAAAAGCUGAUCCCUUCUCUGUCACGCUAGGAGGGCUCUGUGUUGGCUAGGUGGAAGAGAGAUUGGCUCCUUCUGUCCAUUUUUUCCCAGGCUUUGGUGCACAGGUUCCUUCCUCUCUGAGACCUUGGCUUCUGGGGCCCCCUCAGUUGUGAGGUAGAGCAGCCAGGACAGGAUGGCCCCGGCCAUCCUCCCUCUCCCCCAAACACCUCCAUAUCUGCUCAGAUUAGGAUGCAGAUGAUGGGUUGGAGAGCAAUGCGUGUGUUUUCAUUUCUUGCCUGACCUCAGUUAAUGGAAGAAAACUGAAGCUACAGAAUUAUUUUCAAAAAUAAAAGGCUGAAUUAUCUGAAAAACAUUGUGGUGU